CGCUGUGGCGAACAGGACGGGAUACUGGGAGAGCCGGAAGAGUCGCACGGAUAGAUAAGAGGGAACGCGAGCUGAUCCACAGACGCUUCUCCAUCGAAGCUACAGCUGCGACAGGACCAUAUCCUACCGGAGGAGUUUUAACACUCAGUUGUUCGGAGCUAGCUUUGUAGCAAACGUGUGUGUGGCAUACGGCUCACAAACAUGUGGAAGGCAGCAGCUGGACAGUCAGUCAAUGUGUCUGUAGACGAUGGAGGCGAUGACUGGGAGACUGACCCCGACUUUGAGAAUGAUGUGUCUGAGAAGGAGCAGCGCUGGGGAGCCAAGACAGUGGCUGGCUCAGGCCAUCAGGAGCACAUAGAUAUACACCGUCUGCGUGAGACUGUUUCUACGGAGCAUACCAAGCUGAAGCAGAAGGAGUUGGAGAACAUGCCCAAAGCCUCGCAUGGCUAUGGAGGAAAAUUUGGAGUGCAGCAAGAUCGAAUGGACAAGUCUGCUGUUGGACAUGACUACCAGAGCAAACUGUCCAAGCACUGCUCCCAGGUUGAUACCUCUAAGGGCUUUGGAGGAAAGUUUGGAGUGCAGGCUGACCGUGUUGACCAGUCAGCUGUUGGGUUUGAGUAUGCUGGAAAGACGGAGAAGCACGCGUCACAGAAAGACUACACCACAGGGUUUGGGGGGCGAUAUGGAGUGCAGGCUGAUCGAGUCGACCAGAGUGCCGUGGGCUUCGAUUACCAAGGCAAAACCGAGAAACACGAGUCCCAGAAAGAUUAUGCCAAGGGCUUCGGAGGCAAGUUUGGCGUUGAGACGGACAAGGUGGACAAGAGUGCCGUGGGCUUCGAGUAUCAAGGCAAAACAGAGAGGCACGAAUCCCAGAAAGACUACGUGAAGGGCUUUGGGGGCAAAUUCGGUGUGCAGACUGACAGACAGGACAAAUCGGCGCUGGGAUGGGACCACCAGGAGAAACUGCAGCUCCACGAGUCCCAGAAAGACUAUAAGCGUGGGUUUGGAGGGAAGUAUGGGGUAGAGGUGGAGAGGCAGGACCAGUGUGCCCUGGGCUAUGAGCACAAGGAGAACCUGGCCAAGCACGAGUCCCAAAAAGAUUAUUCUAAAGGCUUUGGAGGGAAGUUUGGUGUCCAGAAUGAUCGCAUGGAUAAGAGCGCGAGCACAUUCGAGGAUGUGGAGAAGCCGACUCCAGCUUACCAGAAAACCAAACCUGUGGAGGCUGGUGCCAGGAGCACAGGAAGCAUCAAGGCCCGCUUUGAGAACAUCGCCAAGCAGAAGGAGGAGGAGGACAGAAAGAGGGCCGAGGAGGAGCGGCUGCGUCGUCAGGCCAAGGAGCAGCAAGAGCAGGAGGCAGCACGCCGCCAAAUUGAAGAGUCCGCCAAAGCCCCGUCUCCUGUCCCUGCUGCAAGUCCCAGUCCUACCCCAAGCCCGACUCCAGCGGCUCAACCAGUUAGAAGCUACGGGAACACGGAGGAGGAUGAGGCCUACGACACUGCUGAGAAUGGAGGGCAGCUGUAUGAGGCAGAGCCACAGAGCCACUACACACCGCAAGAUGAUCUGUACCAGACCCCUGAGGAGCCUGCAGCAGAAGGUGAAGCUCUUUUU